AUCAAUGAAACUCGCCGUCUUGGAGAGUGGUUUGCAAUAUAAAAGAAGUUCAUCCGAUUUAGUCGAUAUCAAAAACAGUCAAACCGUGAGUUGAGCAGUCUAGUCCUCAAACCGUUAAGCCGCCGCUUCGCACUAAAAAUGGUCGCCCUUAAAUUAACUAUUGUCUUCCUUGCUUGUUUCGUUUGCAUUGGAUAUUCUGCGCCGACGUUCUUCGGUGGAAAAAAUGAGCACUUCGUCAUCCACGUCCCCUACAAGGUGCAUACUGUCCAUCAUCACCACGUUGAAAAGGUGCCAAUCUACAAGGAAGUGCCAGUUAUCAAGCAUGUUCCCGUUUACAAAGAGGUCCACGUACCAGUUGUGAAGGAAGUACAUAUUCCAGUCCCAAUUCAUGACCAUCACGACCAUCACGAACAUCACGGUUGGUAUUAAGGGUCGACCGAACCGACUAGAUUUAGGCUUCGUACUGACGCAAAUUAGUACAAAUUUCACGUUAUGUAAAUAUAGUGUAUGAAGAGCAUUGUUACCAUUAGUUACUAAACAAAUAUGUAGUUUUAAAGUUAGUUAAUUCUAUACUGUUGAAUGUUGUGUUCGAAAUAAAUGGAAUGAAAUUUGAAA